UUUAUAUUUCAUGUAGUAUACAUAUAUUAUCUGUGGAAUUGGCCACACCAUUAACACACCCCCAACUACUUAACCAAACUGCUCGUGACUUCCUUUCAUUCCUUUACAAACAAGAUAGAUCAAGAAAAUGAACUGUAAACUCUUCUUGUUGGCAGCAGCUGGUCUCCUGUGCGUCUCUGUGGCUCAGUAUUGUACUGAACCACCUUAUAAAACCAGACCUAACUUCACGCCAGCAUACUGCAAUUAUAGACUAAGUUUUAAAGAUAGAGUAAAAGAUUUAUUAAGUCGGUUAACAUUAGAAGAAAAGAUAUCUCAACUUGGUAACAGUGCAUCUGCUAUUGACAGACUCGGUAUACCUGGAUACCAAUGGUGGUCUGAAGGUCUUCAUGGUGUGGCUGUUUCUCCUGGUCUUCACUUAGGAGGGAACUUAACCUGUACGACCUCAUUUCCUCAAAUAAUCACAACUGCUUCAUCAUUCAACAAAUCGUUGUUUUAUGAAAUCGGAGAAGCUGUUUCAACAGAAGCCAGAGGUUUUGCUGAUAAUGGUCAGGGUGGACUGACCUAUUUCACACCAAACAUCAAUAUAGUCAGGGAUCCUCGUUGGGGUAGAGGACAAGAGACAGCAGGAGAAGAUCCUUAUCUGACGUCUCAAUAUGCAGUCAACCUGGUCAGAGGAGCACAAGGGAAUGACUCAGAGUAUAAGAAAAUAAUUGCAACUUGUAAACAUUUCGCAGCAUACGAUCUUGAGUCUUACAUUAAUGGUGAUGUUCGGGACUCAUUUAAUGCUGAAGUAACCAAACAGGAUCUUGAAGAGACCUACUUUCCAGCGUUCAGGUCCUGCGUCACUGCUGGAGGGGUUGGUAGCAUCAUGUGUAGUUAUAAUUCAGUCAAUGGCGUACCCUCUUGUGUGGAUGGUGUCUUUAAUAACAAGAUUGCAAGGAACAAAUGGAAAUUUGAUGGAUAUUUAGUUAGUGAUUGUGGAGCUAUUGAUGACGUCAUGAACAAACACCAUUAUACCAGUACUCCGACCGAUACAGUGGCCGCUGGUCUAAAAGGAGGCACUGACCUCAACUGUGGCUCCUUCUAUCAGACACACGCCAUGGAUGCAUUUUUAAAUGGUAGCAUUACUGAAGUUGACAUUGAUAGAGCAGUGGGGAGGCUGUUUACAGCAAGGAUGAGGUUAGGGUUAUUCGAUCUUCCUAAAUAUCAGCCAUAUUCAUACUUCAAUACUGAUGUAGUCAACACAAAACAGCACCAGGACCUUGCUUUACAAGCUGCAAGGGAAAGCAUUGUUCUAUUACAGAAUAAUGGUAAACUGCCGUUAAGUUAUGAAGACCAUCAUAAGAUAGCAGUGGUUGGUCCUAAUAUACUGGCUAAUGUGACAAUGCAAGGAAUAUCUCAAGUUAUAGCUCCAUAUCUCAUAUCACCAGUGGAUGGUUUUAAGAGUAAAGGACUACACGUUACUUACUCUCUCGGCUGUGAUGUGAAAUGCAUUGUUACUGACGGGUUUCACGAUGCUUUUAAACUUGUUAAAGAUGCCAAAGCUGUAGUUGCUGUGAUGGGUCUAGACCAAGGAAUUGAGAGGGAGACUGUUGACAGAGAGGAUAUAUUCCUCCCUGGGCUGCAGGAUAAGUUCCUGUUAGGAUUGAGGGACACGUUGACUAACCUUCAAUCGCCAGUUCCACUGAUAGUCGUGAUAAUGUCCGGAUCAUCCGUAGACCUCAGCGAAUCUAAGAGUUUAGCUGAUGCUAUACUGUGGGUUGGGUAUCCUGGUCAAUCCGGAGGUCAAGCUAUUGCUGAAGUAAUAUACGGAGAAGUGAAUCCAUCAGGACGACUGCCUCUUACAUUUUAUCCUGGUGAAUACAUUGAUUUAGUUGCCUAUAGGCACAUGUCAAUGAGGGAACCGCCUGGUCGUACGUACAGGUUCUAUACUGAGAACCCUGUGUUUCCCUUCGGACAUGGUCUCAGCUAUACCACUUUUGAAUUGAGCUGGACUAAUAAAAUGAAUAAUGUUACAGAAAUCGUAAUCAGUGAUUCUGUUGAUAUUAACAUUGAUUUUGAUAUCACUGUCGUUAACACUGGUUACUUGUCUGGGGCUGUAUCUGUACUUGGAUAUGUAUCAUCUAAUAUUCCUGAUGCUCCUUUAAGAGAAUUAUUUGAUUUUGAUAAAGUAUUUAUUGAUAAAUAUGAGUCAAAAAAGAUUUCUCUUUUCGCUACAAAUGAUGCUUUUACCACCGUUGAUGAAAAGGGUCGAAGGAAUAUUUUACCUGGUGAAUACGACAUAGCAAUUGAAAAUCUCUCUCACAAAAUAAUAAUAAAAAAUAAUUAAAAACGUUGUGACGUAUCUAAUUUUUUCUAUUUUUUAAUGAAGUUGUUUUUUAUUAUUUAAUGUGUUUUUUUAUCAUUGGUUCAAUGCUGCC